AUGUUUACUCAGAAGAAGAAUAGGUCCUAUGGGGAAAACCAUACAGUUGUGACCCAUUUCAUCCUUCUCGGCAUCCCUCACACAGAAGGCCUUCAGAACAUCCUCUUCCCUGUGUUCUUAGUCUUCUACAUCUGCACGUUGUUGGGGAACUUGUUGAUCAUGAGCGCCAUCUUCACCGACUUUCGCCUCCACACCCCCAUGUACUUCUUCCUUUUCAACCUCUCCAUCCUGGACAUUGGCUUCUCUUCCGUCAGCACUCCAAAGAUGUUGGCCAAUCUUUGGGCGCAAAGCAGGAUAAUUCCAUUGGGUGGAUGUGUAUGCCAGGUAUUCUUCUACCAUUUCCUAGGAAGCACCGAAUGCCUCCUUUACACCGUCAUGGCCUACGACCGGUACGUCGCCAUCUGCCACCCUCUGCGGUAUCUCAUCAUCAUGAACUGGAAAGUAUGCGCCCUCUUGGCCGCUGGCACAUGGGUCACCAGCUCCUUUCAUGCCACCAUCCUCACUACCUUGACUUUCACGCUCCCCUAUUGCGGGCCCAGUGAAAUUGACUACUUUUUCUGUGACAUCUUUCCCGUUGUCAAGCUGGCUUGCGCUGACACCAUCAUCAUUGAGACGGUGAGCUUCACCAACAUUGGCAUGGUGCCCAUGACUUGCUUCAUCCUCAUUCUGACUUCCUAUGUCCGCAUUGUCUAUUCUGUACUGAGGAUGAGCUCUGGAGAAGGGCGGCGUAAGGCGGCCUCUACUUGUGCCUCCCAUUUGACAGUAGUAACCCUCUUCUUUGGUCCUUGUGCUCUGAUCUACACUCAGCCAUCCCUAAGUGAGAUUCUGGUGACCCCUGUGCAAAUCUUUGGCAAUGUGGUCACACCCAUGCUCAACCCAGUCAUUUAUACUCUUCGAAACAAGGAAGUGAAAGCAGCUUUGACUAAGCUGACAGGGGGGAAGAAAGUGUCCCAGACAGUGACUCAAUAA